UUGACUCACAUUUUCUCGCGUAAAGUCACCUCGGAAGGUUUUAUUUAAAGAAAUUUACAUUUUCUUACUUUUUUCUGUGAUAUUUUCGAAUAUACUGUUCGGUUGUGUCUGAAAGAAAUUGAACAUUUGAAGACUGAAGAAGACUUUUAAGAUUUUUUCGCGCCUUUUUUGGUAAAACUUUGGCUCUCUUGAAAAGCUAAAGAAACGUGUCUUGUGCGAAGGUUAAAACCUUGACCUGCUUGCAAAAGUGGCCAAAAAGGCCAAAAAGUUGUAAAGCCGCAUUGAGUUAAGUGUAUCAGUGAAAUUCAUUCACUUUUUUCAAAAAAUUUUCUGUGAAAAUCAGAGUUUUUCUUUGCUGACAAGAACUGUCAAAAAUGUCAUUCAACUACUACCCGAAGAAUUGGCACGCUAACGGUAUGGGAUGGCUGAAUCCCGCCGCAAUGCAGACUGGGUGGAAAUUACCACCCCCAACGGCUCCCAAGGCUUCAGAUUCCUACUCUGUGGGAAGCUCCUCAUCAGGAGUCUCAAGCUUUUGCCCGUAUCCCACUUCAGGCUCAUACGGGAUGCCCACUCCUAAUGCACCCAAUGCCCCCAAUUCAUCAUAUGGCUUUGUAAUGCCACCUCCAUUGCCACAAAUGCCCGGCAUUGCUCCUCCGCCACUCUAUCCGCCAUUAAAUUAUGGCGGAAGUGACGGAAGUUUAUCGUCAUUUGGGGGCUGUUCUCUUGUUUCUGACCCCAAUCCACCUGUAGUACCGCCCACAAUAUCAGGAUAUGGCCUUGAUGAGAUUCCCUGCAAUUCUAUUAAAGUUCCCGAUGAUCAGCACAGUAUCAUGCUCGGCGAGAGGGGAAGUGGCAUUAGACCCCGUGGAGAUGUUCAGGACUUCCACACACUCAAGCAGCAGUGCCUUGCAUCGGGGACACUCUUUGAGGACCCUGAAUUCCCGGCAGCCGAUAGUUCCCUCAUGUUUUCCCGUCGUCCCGAUCGGUACGUUGAGUGGCGCCGUCCCAUGGAGAUUGCCGACGAUCCGCAAUUCUUCGUUGAAGGCUACUCACGCUUUGACGUGCAACAGGGUGAACUGGGUGAUUGCUGGCUCCUCGCCGCGGCGGCAAAUCUCACGCAAGAUCCCAAAUUAUUCUUCCGCGUUGUGCCGGAAGAUCAAAACUUCACCGAUGACUACGUGGGGAUCUUCCAUUUCCGCUUCUGGCAAUACGGCCGGUGGAUUGACGUGGUGAUCGAUGAUCGUUUGCCAACGUAUCGCGGGGAGUUGCUUUACAUGCACUCAACGGAAAAGAAUGAAUUCUGGAGUGCUCUCCUCGAGAAGGCCUAUGCAAAAUUGCAUGGAUCCUAUGAAGCACUCAAAGGGGGCACCACAUGUGAAGCCAUGGAGGACUUUACGGGUGGUGUGACGGAAAUGUAUGAUCUGAAGGAAGCACCUCCGAAUCUCUAUAGUAUUCUCCUGAAGGGAAUGGAACGCAAUUCAAUGAUGGGCUGUAGUUUGGAGCCCGAUCCGAAUGUCCUGGAAGCAGAAACAUCCGAAGGAUUAAUUCGUGGUCAUGCGUAUUCCAUAACAAAAGUUCAAAUGGUUGACAUUGUGACCCCGAAUACAAAUGGGAAGAUCCCAUUGUUGCGCCUUCGCAAUCCAUGGGGGAAUGAUGCUGAAUGGAAUGGGCCAUGGAGUGAUCAGAGCCCGGAAUGGCGUUACAUUCCGGAUCAUGUGAAGGAGCAGAUUGGGUUGAAUUUUGAUGUUGAUGGGGAGUUCUGGAUGUCCUUUAAGGACUUCCUCACACAUUUUGAUCGUGUUGAGUUGUGCAACUUGAGCCCCGAUAGCUUGAGUGAUGAUCAAGUGAGUCGUGGGAAGAAAAAGUGGGAAAUGUCCGUGUUUGAGGGGGAAUGGACUCCCGGAGUAACAGCUGGUGGUUGCAGGAACUUCCUCGAGACGUUCUGGCACAAUCCUCAGUAUGUUAUCUCCCUGGAGGAUCCCGAUGAGGAUGAUGAUGAGGGUAAAUGCACAGUGAUCAUUGCAUUGAUGCAGAAGAAUCGUCGAUCACGCCGGAAUAUGGGGAUGGAUUGCCUGACAAUUGGCUUUGCCGUGUACCACCUCAGUGAGCGCGAUCUCAUGAAUAAGCCGCAGAAGAUGAAUUUCUUCAAGUACAAUGCCUCCGUGGCACGAUCACCGGCAUUUAUAAAUUUGCGUGAGGUUAGUUGUCGCUUCAAGCUACCCCCGGGGCACUAUCUCAUUGUCCCAUCAACCUUUGAUCCCAAUGAGGAGGGAGAAUUCCUCAUUCGUGUCUUCUCCGAGGGCAGGAAUCACAUGGAAGAGAACGAUGAAGAUGUUGGGAUUGGUGAUGUGGAUGAUAGGGUUAGCAAUUAUGACGAAAAUGAUUAUGGUGAUAGCACAAAUGAUGUUACACCUGCACUACCUCAGCCAUCUUAUCCGGAUCCCCAAAAGUCCGCCAUGGAGAAACUUUUUAUUGAUAUAGCUGGCGAUGACAUGGAGGUGGAUUGGAUGGAACUAAAACAAAUUCUCGAUCAUUCAAUGAAAGACGAUUUAUCGAAGUUAUCUGCGAAUGGGGUUGCCCAAUUGGGAGCCCCACCAGGUGGCGGUGGCUCCGGUGCGCCAGGAGGGAAUGACGGUGGAUUGCUGGCGCUUCUGUGUAGUGCCCUUUGCAAGGACAACGCCGUCGGCCAGGCAUUCAUGGGGAACAAUGAUCCAGGCGGAGGCGAGGGCGUCGUCACGGUGGCGCCAAGCUCAAGCGUAAUGGAUUAUGGGGGCUUCUCGAAGGAUGUGUGCCGCUCAAUGGUGGCCAUGUUGGAUGUUGAUCAGUCCGGAAAGUUGGGCUUUGAGGAAUUCCGGACACUUCUCAAUGAUAUUGCAAAAUGGAAGGCGGUCUUUAAGCUGUACGAUCGCGAUGGGUCUGGACGUUUGGGGGCCUUUGAGUUGCGUCAGGCCCUCAAUUCGGCGGGAUAUCAUCUCAAUAAUCGCGUCCUGAACGCCUUGGCGCAUCGCUAUGGCAGUCGCGAUGGGAAAAUUGCCUUUGAUGACUUUAUCAUGUGCGCCGUGAAGAUUAAGACAAUGAUUGACAUCUUCCGCGAACGAGACGUCGACGGAACCAAUAUGGCGACGUUCAGCAUGGAGGAGUGGGUGGAGAAGACGGUCUAUUCGUAAAUUUUCAAAAUUUUAAGAGCCUCUAAUCAAUUUUUUUUUAAUGCAGCUCAUUUUGACAAAAAGAAAUUAUUACAAAAAAUUACAUUUUAUUACGCAGAGUGUUCUCUACUAAUAUUUAUUUUAUUAUACCAUGUUUACAAAAUUAUAUUAUAUAUCUACUAAAUAUUGAAUUAAUUAUCACACGAAAUAAAAAUUUAUGAAAUUAAAAAAAAAAAA